GGCACACCUUACACCAGGUAGAACUGAAAGUGAAAAGAUCGCAGCAUAUGUACGCAUGUAUCCUCAAUUAACCUGAACGUACAUACAUUUUGUGUAAAUGAAAGAAGGUGAACAUUAAAAUGAGUAAAAGGAAGAGAGAAGAUGAGGAUGCUGCCUCUGAAAUAAGUUCUGCAUCUCCCGGAUCAAGCUGUGUGUCUGUGAAGAGUGAUCAGUCCAUGAAAAAAAAUCUUCCUGACUUCAGCGAUGCAUCAGUGACCUCUGACCUCAGCAUUAGCAAGACAAUAAAUCAAAGAUCAGCGUCUCCAGAGUUCAGCGUUCUGUCAAUGACGAGUAACAGAUCCAUCGGGCAACCUGAAAACUUCAGUGAUGAACCAGUGACAUUUGACUCAGUGCUGAGUGAUGCAUUGGACAAACCAGAUUAUGAGAAAUUACACCGAAUUAAAGACCAGCACAAAACCAGCAUGAAAAACAAAUAUGAGAGAUUAUUUGAGGGACUCAAACUAGAUGAGACUGGAACCCACCUGAACCGGAUCUACACCCAGCUGUACAUCCUAGAGGGAGAGAGUGAAGGAGUGAAUGAAGAACAUGAGGUUUUACAGAUGGAGAAAACAGCCAGAACAAAACACUCCCAACACACUCCAAUCUACUGCAAUGACAUCUUUAAAGAGGAGAAAGAGCAAAUCAAGACUGUUCUUACUAAAGGCAUCGCUGGAAUCGGAAAAACCGUCUCUGUGCAGAAGUUCAUUCUGGACUGGGCCGAGGGAAAAGCCAAUCAGGAUGUAGAUUUCAUGUUUGUGCUUCCAUUUCGAGAGCUGAACUUGAUCAGAGAUCAUCAGUACAGUCUUCACAGACUUCUGCUGGACUUUCAUCCUGAACUUGAAGAUCUGGAGCCCAAGAUUUAUGAGGAGUGUAAAGUUGUGUUCAUCUUUGAUGGUCUGGAUGAAAGCAGAAUCACACUGAUGUUUUCAGACGCUCAGAAAGUUUGUGAUGUGACUGAGACUUCAUCAGUGGCUGUGUUGAUGUCAAAGCUGAUGAAAGGAGAGCUGCUUCCCUCUGCUCUCAUCUGGAUCACCUCCAGACCAGCAGCAGCCAAUCAGAUCCCCUCCAAAUACAUCAAGCGUCUGACAGAAAUUCAGGGAUUCACUGAGCCUCAGAAGGAGGAAUAUUUCAGGAAGAGAAUCAGUGAGCAGCAUCGAGCCAGCAGAAUCAUCUCACACAUCAGAAGAGCAAGAAGCCUCCACAUCAUGUGCCACAUACCCGUCUUCUGCUGGAUCUCAUCCACUGUGCUUCAGAAGCUCCUGGAAGAAGAUCUGAGUGCAGAAAUCCCUCAAACUCUGACUGAAAUGUACAUCCACUUCCUGCUGAUUCAGAUCAACAUGAGGAAUCAGAAGUAUGAAGAGAGAGAUCCAGAGAAACUCCUGCAGUCCAACAGAGAAGUGAUUGUCAAACUUGCUGAAGUGGCUUUCAGACAGCUGAUGAAGGGCAAUGUGAUGUUCUAUGAGGAGGACCUGAUUGAGAGCGGCGUAGACGUCUCUGACGCCUCAGUGUAUUCUGGGAUUUGCACUGAGAUCUUUAAGGAGGAAUCUGUGAUUCAGCAGAGGAAAGUCUACAGCUUCAUCCAUCUGAGCGUUCAGGAGUUCCUCGCUGCUUUCCAUGUGUUUUACUACCAUGUGAACACAACUAUGGAUGGACUGAGGAAUUUUGCCUCAGUAGAAAACCUGAUUAAAGGUGCAGUAGAUAAAGCCAUUGAGAGUGAGAAUGGUCAUCUGGAUCUGUUCCUGCGGUUCCUGCUGGGCGUCUCACUGGAGUCCAAUCAGAGACUCUUCCAGGAUCUACUGACACACACAGAGAAGAGCUCAGAGAGCAUCAGGAGAAGCACACAGUACAUUAAAGAGAAGAUCAGAGAUGGACAUGGACUCUCCACUGAAAGAUCCAUCAAUCUGUUCCUCUGUCUGCUGGAAGUGAAAGAUCAGACUCUGUUCAGAGAGAUUCAGGAGUUUGUGAAAUCAGACAAACAGUCAGAGAAGAAACUCUCUCCUGCUCACUGCUCAACAAUCGCCUACAUGCUUCAGAUGUCAGAGGAGGUGCUGGAUGAGCUGGAGCUCCAGAAAUACAACACAUCAGAUGAGGGCAGGAGAAGACUGAUACCAGCCGUCAGCAACUGCACAAGAGCUCUUCUUGCUGGCUGUAAUCUCUCUGCUCAGGAUUGUGGAAUUGUGUCGUCAGUUCUUCAAUCCUCAAACUGUGUCCUGAGAGAGCUGGACCUGAGUAACAAUGACCUGCAGGAUUCAGGAGUGAAGCUGCUCUCUGAUGGACUGAAGAGUCCAAACUGUCAGCUGGAGAUACUGAGGUUGUCUGGCUGUAUGGUGACAGAGGAAGGCUGUGGUUUUCUAUCUUCAGCUCUGAGUUCAAACCCCUCACACCUGAGAGAGCUGAAUCUGAGCUACAAUCACCCAGGACAAUCAGGAGUCCAGCUGCUCCAACACACACUGGAGGAUCCACACUACACACGGCAGAAACUCAAUUGGGAUCAUGGAGGCCAUUUCAGAAUCACACCAGGACUGAGAAAAUAUGCAUGUUUUCUGACACUGGAUCCAAACACAGCACACAAUCAACUCAUCCUGUCUGAGGAUAAAAGAAAGGUGACACAUGUCAAAGACCCUCAGCAAUAUACUGAUUAUCCUGAGAAAUUUGUGCACCAAGAGCAGGUUCUGUGUAAAGAGACUCUGACUGGACGCUGUUACUGGGAGGUUGAAUGGAGUGGUGAGGGCACUGAUAUAGCCGUGGCCUAUAAAGGAAUUCGGAGGAAAGCAGGAAGUGACUGUUGGUUUGGAUACAGUGAAAAGUCCUGGAGUCUCUUCUACACUGGCAAUGGGUUCAAUGUCUGGCACAAUAAUAAGAGCCAAAUCAUACCAGCCCCUUCACCUCUGUCUAAUAGAGUAGGAGUGUAUCUGGACACUGAGUCUGGCUCUCUGUCCUUCUACAGUGUCUCUGACACACACACACUCACACACUUACACACAUUCAACACCACAUUCACUGAACCCCUCUAUGCUGGAUUCAGAGUGUUUGAUUCCUCACUGUCUUUGUGCAACAUUUAGAAGCCUGAUGUGAGAAAUAUCUGAGAUGUCACAAACAUAUGUCUUCAAUCUCCAGCUGUUUUGUAGGGUAAAGUAUGUUAAAGUAGUAUAGACCAAAUCAGUGUAGUAAUGUGAAUAUAUUUGAGAGUACUUGAGGAAGAAGAAACAAUGAAAGAAGGUCAUUGUUGUCAGGAGUGCUCCUGUCCUUAUUGCAGGGUUACCUUCUCCUAGGCUGUGUUUGAAAUUCAAUAAUAUCACACUACUCACUAUUUCAUAGUAUGCACAUUUCUGCAUGCAUGGAAUAUGCGGAUGACCAACAAUAUUUGCCAGUAUCUGCUAAAUGUAAUUCAAAUUAGUACUGUAUUUGAAUUGCAUACUGCUAACCAACUUGUACUAUAUUGACAGAUGUCUGGAUACCUUUUCUAUUAGUUUCUUAAUGUAUAAUGUCAAUGUUGGUAACCUGUUACAACAAACUCUGAGUAGACUAUAAUCUUAUAUAAAUAUAUAUGUGUGUGUGUGUGUGUUUGUGUUGUGUUUAAAAAAAAAUUUCUCCAAUAAACAGAACUUGAGGAAAC